GAGGAAGCCCAGAUUUUGGUGUAGCACACGCUGCACAGCGUUAGACGUCCAACUUAAGAAAAAGGAAAAAAAAAAAAAAAAAAUUGCUUCCUUUCCUCGACUCGUCGCCGUUCUCAUAUUUGCAAAGAGGUUCCUGUUUGAGUUUUCUUUCGCUCCAAUUCUGACAACGUAACAAUCUGAUUGUGUGGGAAUCCGGAAAUUGUUGGUUUGUUUGGCGGCGGAGAUGGGGAAUCCAAAGCAGAAGUGGACGGCGGAAGAGGAAGAGGCGUUGCGGGCCGGCGUGGCCAAGCACGGCGCCGGAAAGUGGAAAAACAUCCAGAGAGACCCCGAGUUCAACCACCUCCUCUUUGCUCGCUCCAAUAUUGAUCUCAAGGAUAAGUGGCGGAAUUUGAGUGUUGCUAGUGGCCAAGGCCCAAGAGAUAAAUCAAAGACAUCAAAAGGAAAAUCCAAUCCUGCUGACACUCCUUCUGCUCCACUGCCAAUUGCACAGACCUCUGGUUCUGUUGCUCCGUCGUCCAAGGGUGCAUCUACAGAUGUAGUUAUGCUAGAUUCUUCAAGGCCCUUGCCUGAGGGGAUAAGUGCUUCCAAAUACAAUACAAUGAUAUUUGAGGCAUUGUCAACUCUUAAAGACCUAAAUGGUUCAGAUUCUAGUGCAAUAGCCAGCUUUAUUGAGCAAAGGCACGAGGUACCACCAAAUUUCCGACGGGCGUUGACUUCUAGAUUAAGGACGCUGGUGCAACAAGACAAACUUGAAAAGGUUCAGAACCACUAUAAGAUCAAAAAUGGUGCAGCUCUAGACACGAGACCGCCUGCCCCAAGACAGAAAGACGUGCAGCCUAGACCAAUUCAGAGCAUUGGGUACCUUGGCGAUACAGUGGAAGAAGCGGCAGCCUCCGCUGCCUACAAAAUUGCAGAAGCUGAAAACAAAUCAUUUGUUGCUGCUGAAUCCGUGAAAGAGGCGGAGAGAGUAGCUAGAAUGGCCGAAGACAUGGAAUCACUCCUACAGUUUGCUAUGGAUUGUUUCGAUCAAAGUUCUGGCGGCGAAAUAUUGCUAAUGGCAUAAGAAUUGUUGCUGGAGUGGUGGCAUUAAGGUUGGGCGUUUUGCAGUUCUUUAGUAGAAUCUUGCUGUAGGGAUCCUGCUAUAUUUGGAUAGGUUAUUUGAACUUUAGGAUAUUUAAAUUCUAAUAUUGUUUGUGCAGUUUUAGCAGAUGCCUAGCGCUUCAUAUUUUAGGUAUUUUGCAUUCAUUUUACUUAGGUCGUUUGCUUAAUAUGAUAGGAUAGCUAGAAAAGACAUAUGAUUCGGGUAUUUGAAUGAUUAAACAAAUGCCAAACUAAUCAUUCCAUCAAAGUAAAUGGUAGAUUAACUUAUAGUAUUA